AGUGAAGAUCGGAAUCGUUUAGUUAAGCCCGAACUUGCUGUUUCUGCUGGGGACAUUGUCGGUGUAGUCACAUUUGGCGUCCAAACUGGAGUUGUUGUUGUUGACGUGUUUGUGGUCGGUGUUGUUGUACAUGACGUGGAUGUGUUUGAUGUUGUUGUACUUAUUGUGGACGUGGUUGACGAUGUUGUUGUUGUUGUGUUUGUGGUCGGUGUUGUUGUACAUGACGUGGAUGUGUUUGAUGUUGUUGUACUUACUGUGGACGUGGUUGACGAUGUUGUUAUUGUUGUGGUCGUGGUUGAUGAUGUUGUGACUGUUGUGGUUUUAGUUAUCGAUGUUGUGGUUGAUGAGGAUGUGACCGCCGUUGUUACGGUUGUUGUUGUCGAUGUUGUUGUAGUUGUGGAAGUUUCUGACGAUGUCGUAUUUGUUGUAGACGUGGCUGGCGCUGUAGCAGUUGUUGAGGACAUGGUUGACGGUAUCGCGAAUUAA